AUGGAAGACAGUAGGAGGAGGAGAGAUACAUGCUUAGAUAGUGCUGAAAGGGCUGCACAUGCAUUUUGCAUAAAGAAAAGCAAGUGGUCACGUGAUCCAAAGCCCAUGAAACGUACCCACUACUACCCAUUAGUAUUUACCCAAGCUUCAGGAGAAAGCAUAUUGGGGUCAUUGGAUUUGCUUGGCAUUGGGAUCGGUCUUAACAAGACAUUCUGGGAACGUAGGUGUGAGAUUGUGAGACUGUCAAUGAAUUUUCCCCUUCCACCUCCUGUAGGAGGACCAGGACCCAAUUGUUCUUGGGCCUACGGGAUCAUUACAGGCCAAGGAAGAACGCGAGACAGCAAAAGUUCCAAUCGCAAGCAAGGGCGAUUUCAAUCGGCAGACUGCAUUCUUAAAAUCUCUGUGCUUUUCCGCAAGGAAUCUACCAAUGGGAAUAAAGAAAAGGAGACAAACACUGUUUCAGAAUUCAGGACCAAAGAUGAAGCACCGGACAGGGGUGAGAUGGAUAGAACUCCUAACCUGCCUCCACAAGCUCUCUAA